AUGAUGACGUUAGCCGCACAACUGGUCCAGAACCCUUAUUGGACCAUUGCGGAAGAGGUAAAUGCAACGUACAACGAUGAGGACUAUGACGUCAUUUGCUUCACCGACGCGUCAGCAGAUGGGUGGGGUGCGAUAGUGAUUACGAACCCACCGGCGCCACCACGUUCAGAGAACGUUGCAGAAGAUACAUGGACACCACACGCCACUAUUUACCAGCAGAGGUGGAUCCAUGAUUUUAACCCGGGAGGAAACCCGCGACCGUCACCACAACCUGGACGCCGAGAAGAAGGGACGCGACAAGUUCCUCAGGUCAGUAGCGACACGUUCAACGCACGCCACUCGGCACACGCGGAACCCCGGGCGAUCCAUCUCCUGUUACAGCACCUCGAACGCCAGGGUGUGAUUGUUCACGGCGAAUCCAUCGCCCACGAAGAAGACGUCGACAGCGACGUAAUUUUAACUGGCCCACGACGACGGCCAACACGAGUGGCGGUGGUGACCGACCACUUCCCCAUCGCGCACGCGCAACGGCGGCUAAACGGAUUUGGCGGCAUCGGACGCGGUUAUGCGCUGAACAGGCUCUUCGAAUACACGAACGAGCUGUUCCACACGAAGGCGGUGCAGGUGGUCUUUUUUUUACAUUGCCGGACCCCGCAAUCCGGCAGACCACUGCUCACGCAACUUUGGGGUAGACAGGGGAACCCCGUUACUUACUUCACAUCCGGCGGACGACUACCUCGUUCCGUUGUUGAGAACCACGUACGGUCCAAUCUGCAAAGGACAAGAUGA